AUGCCUUUGCUAACACUAGCUCCGGCCAUCACGAGAGCGACGACCUUCGCCGGAAGCCUUGACAGAUUACCCGAACUGCUCGACGAACUCACCAGGAGGGGAGCACCAAAGCAGGAAGGGUUUGCCGGCUCAACUGCGGCAACUGCGGAAAAGCCAAUGGAUCAGCAGCGCCACCUCAACCCCGCCUCGUCCGCCCCCGCCGCACCUGUCAAACCACUUCAUUGUAUCGUCAAGCUCGGAGGUGCUGCAAUAACCUGUAAAAAUGAGUUUGAAACAAUAAAUGAGGAAAACCUCAAUAUAGUUUCAUCACAGCUAAGGCAGGCAAUGAUUUUGGGGCCGUGCCAUGGUGUGGAUUGGAGCAGAAGGCCUGGGUCAUCAGAAAUCCCGACCGUUGUUGAUGACUUGGAUGAUCAAUUGGAUUUAGACUCCAAAAAGUUUAUAGUUGUUCACGGUGCAGGUUCCUUUGGCCACUUUCAAGCUAGCAAGUCAGGGGUUCAUAAGGGUGGAUUGAGUAGGCCCCUAGUCAAGUCUGGUUUUGUAGCUACUCGUAUAUCUGUCACAUCCCUCAAUCUUGAAAUUGUCAGAGCUCUUGCCAAAGAGGGCAUUCCAUCUGUUGGACUUUCCCCAUUUUCAUGUGGCUGGUCGACUUGUGAAAGAAAUAUAGCUAUGGCAGAUACCACGACAGUGGGCGAUGCUAUCGAUGCUGGGUUUGUACCUGUGUUGCAUGGGGAUGCGGUACUGGAUAGCUUACAGGGUUGCACCAUAUUAAGCGGAGAUGUAAUCAUACGUCACCUGGCAGAAAAAUUACGGCCAACCUACGUUGUUUUUCUUACAGAUGUUUUUGGAGUGUAUGACCGUCCUCCAACAGAACCUGGUGCCACACUCCUUAAGGAAAUUGCUGUGCGUGAAGACGGUUCCUGGUCUGUGUUGAAGCCUGAAUUGCAAGACAUGAGCAGGCAAGUCGAGAUAACUGUAGCUGCUCACGACACGACCGGUGGCAUGGUCACCAAAAUUUCAGAAGCUGCUAUGAUAGCUAAAUUGGGUAUUGAUGUCUACAUUGUGAAGGCAGCAACAAACCACUCAGAGAGGGCUCUGAAAGGACUGCUUAAAGAAGGAGUACCUGACGACUGGCUUGGAACAAUCAUUCGACUAGCCAAGUAG